UUUUACUUGAGUACAUUUGUGAAGAAGAAACGGUACUUUUACUCCGCUACAUUUGCAAAAUUCGACUCGUUACUUUUUUUUAAUAAUUAAUUUCACACAUUGGAUAAUACUACUAAUAUAAAUUAUGGAUCAUGCCGCCACUGGAGCUACCAGUAACUCUUUCACCAAUCAGACGUAGCCAUGCGGUCACAUGACCAGAUAUAAAAUGGCAGGCCGAGUAGCCCAAGCCUUUUCAACUUCCAAAGACGGACAGAAGAAAUACAUCAAAAAAUGGCAACCGUCUCCGCUAACACUGAACAGGACAAACACCCUUGGCCGCAUAUGCAAAGCAUGUUUCGCUUUAAAGGAGUACAAAAGGACAGCUAUAUAAUGCGAUGUCUUCUGUGUGAGCCAAAGCAAACCGACGUCUCAGCGUACAAAAACUCAACAUCUAACCUGAGGAAACAUGUUGCGAGGGUUCACUCCAACAAAUUGAGGAUGUAUACGGAAUUAAUGGACAGCCACAGAAAACGAAAGUCGUCCUCUUCUACCGAGCCACCUAUGAAGAACGCAAAACUUACAGACUCUUUCACUGGCUCUAGGCGAAUAACACAAGCAACAUUUGACAAGCUUCUGCUUAUGUUUGUAUGUGAGGCCAACCAACCAUUUUCUAUAGUUGAGACAUCGUCCUUCAAGACUAUGAUGGAAACCUUGCAACCUCAGUGUACAGUAAUGACAAGGAAAACAUUGUGCUCAAAAAUACAAGACGCUGUGAAGACCAUGAAAAGCAUAAUCAUCAAAAAACUGAGCACUGUGAACUAUGUUGCUACCACAACAGACUGCUGGUCUGCUAGACAGCAUAGCUACUUAGGAGUGACUUGUCACUGGAUAGAUGACAUCUCUUUAGAAAGGCAUUCUGCUGCACUGGCUUGUAGACCUCUUAAAGGUUCACACACAUUUGAUGUUCUUGCUGCUGCAUUAGAGGAAAUCCAUUCAGAGUAUCACAUCAGAGAAAAAGUGACCUGGACGACAACAGACAGUGGUUCAAACUUCUUGAAGGCCUUUCGAUUAUAUGGUGAGGACAAAGAGGAAGAAACAACCAAUUGGCAGGAGGAUAGUGGGUCUAUCCUUGAUGAUGCAGAAGACAGUGAGUUAGAGGUGGAGUAUCAAGAUGUGUUUGCCGUUUUGGAUGACAACACAGGUCUGGAGUACCAGCUUCCAAGGCACCAAAAGUGUGCAUGUCAUCUACUCAAUCUUAUAUCAACAGUUGAUGCCACUGCUGCAGAAGCUACCAAUGAUACAUACAAGAGACUGUCUCUGUCUGCUUUUGCAAAAUGUCAUGCUCUGUGGAAUAAAACCAGCAGGUCAAUCAUGGCUUAUGAAACAGUGGAACGUGAGUGCAAGUUGCAGUUUCUUCGACCCAAUCAAACUCGUUGGAGCUCCCUGUUCCUUGCUGUGGAAAGACUUGUCCGCAUUCAUAAAGAGCAAGGAGAGAAAGCAAUCCGCAAUGUUUGCACGGCAUUAAAGAUAAAGAUGUUCAAUCCUGCUGAAAUGGGAUUUUUGGUUGAGUACACUGCUGUGAUGAAGCCUGUUGCCAUGGCCCUUAAUAUCCUCCAAGGGGAAUCAUCUGUGCACAUGGGCUUCUUGCUGCCAACACUUUACCAGUUGCUGGAGAAGCUGAGGAAGCUGGAGUCAUCUUGCAAAAUGUGUAGACCUCUUGUUGAUGCGCUGCGGGAUGGAAUCCAGAAACGUUUUGGAGAAAUGAUGAAAGACCCUGAGCUGAUUGCAGCUGCAAUACUAAUACCAAGAUUCAGAACAUCAUGGACCACAGAGGAGAGCAUCUUAAAAGCUGGUCUGACCUUCAUCAGACAUCAACUAGACACAGAGUUGGGUGAGGCCAGCACAAACAGCAGCCUAUCUGAUGAAGAUGACUUCUUUGGGUCCAUGGGGUCAGGAAAUCCAGAAGCAGGGGAGCUGGAGAGGUACCUUUCAUGUCCAUUCACUGGAGGUGUGGAUGUAUUGCAUGGCUUUCCUCAGAUCAAGAAGCUGUCGAUCAAAGUCAAUACAGCUCUUCCUGCAUCUGCAGCCUGUGAGAGACUUUUUAGUCAUGCAGGACUCCUGUUCACUGCCAAAUGGUCACAGCUUCACAGCAAGAACCUUGAGAGCCAACUGCUGAAGCUGAACCACCAUUUCACUGACUGAAGAAACAAUUUAUGGUAAAGUGAGCCAUACACAUAUGCACAUCCACAUAGUGGAAAUUUGUAUUUGUCUUUUAUAAUUAGUUUUAAUGUGUGUGUGUUUUUUUUUUUGUUUUUGUUUUUGUUUUGUUUUUUCUUGUUUUUUUUAAUUCCUGCUGUCCGCCUUGGGAAUAAACUUUUCCUGAUUAUA